AUGACUGCUGAAACCCAAUCCCCGUUUUCAUUUGCUGCUGCACUCUUACAAUGCGGUUCUCCCGGCCAGACAUUUUCCAUGGAAACCCUGUUAAAGCCGGAAUUCGGAGAGUACUCACCGUCUUCCGGAGACAUGUUAAGUGAAGGUGAAGAAUCAACGAUAUGUACUGUAUGUUGUGAUGAAGCCUCCGGAAGACAUUACGGAGUCGUUGCUUGUUUUGGAUGUAAAGGAUUUUUUAGAAGGACAGUAAGAGCUGGAAAGAAUUAUGUAUGUAGAUAUAAUAAGAAGUGUCGGAUAGACAAAGCUGGAAGAAAUGUAUGUAGAUCAUGUCGGUUCCAAAAAUGCCUAGAAGUAGGGAUGGAGCCCGACGCAAUCCGUCCUGAUAGGGACAAGACAGGAAGACAAAAGAACCCUAGAAGGAAUACAGAAGGAUCUAUAAAGAAAGUCUCUGUUUCCUCUUUACUAGGAGAUCUACCCUGUCUAACAGGAAAAUUCAAAGAUGAAACUGAUGAUGAUUCUUCGUCACCAUCCUCUAGAUCAGAUUCCGCACCGAUGGAUCUGAGGCCCAGCAUAAUUGAUGAGAAUGUGCUUCACACCUUGUCUGAAAUUGAGAAUAUUGUAGUAACCCUCCAAGACAAUGUAAUAUCACCCCAACAAAUGUUUCCGCGUAUGGAUGAAGCCAUUACACAGCCGGCGAUCAUUGCUCCUCGAGAUGUGAUGAUUUUUAAUGGUGUCAAAGGAGAUGCCGAUGCAGAUUGUGUAGCACACAACCUUCGUCGAAUGAUCGUUUUCACUUUUGACUACAUCAAUACACUACGACCAAUCGCUGACUUGCACCCGAUGGAGAAGCUGAUCAUUGCUAGAAGCGUAGUCGGUCCAUUCUCUGUUCUGUUCUGUGGUCACCAAUCGGUGUCGAACGGUGCACCAGAUCAUGACAGUAUCUACCUACCAUCAGGACACAAACUACCCGCCGGUCAGCUGCUAUUUACCAAAGACUCGGAUAUGAAGAAACACCACAUGUUGGAAAACAAAGCCAACAUCGUUCGUCGCAACAUGACUGAUCUCAUUCUCCACCAGCUGAGGAAGUUACAAGUCACAAAGAUUGAAAUGGUUGCACUGAAAGCGAUUAUGCUAUUGGAUCCGAAUGUGAGAGGAUUAACACAACAAUCCUGUGAUCUUCUCAGUGUCGCAAGAGAAUCAGUGCAGAAUGCACUCUUCUCUCAUUUGGUUGCCAACUCUGGCACCACUGAGGCCACAUCCCGCUUCGCACAACUACUCCUCCUCAUUGCCACGGCAACGAGGGUCGCCUACACAAUCUCUUCCUUCGUCCAGUUGAGUAGAGAUGUCACUUAUGAUCUCGAUUUUGUGCUUGACGAGCUUCUAUAUUUAGACCACUUUUAA